AUUAGUCCAAGGGGAGAGAAGUGGAGAAGCCCGUCGAGGCGCAGCUGUCCGUCGGGGCGCUGGGCUUGGGCGGGGCGGCCCGGCCUUGGCCUCCUUCUGCUCGCCAUAGAAGCCUAGGGGGUCUCCAAGCCCCCCCCCCCGCCCCGCCCGCAGCCCACCUCACAGAGGGACCCCUCGCGACACGCGCAUUGGCCGCUCCGCCGGGCUACCCGCAGCCACCCGCCUCCGCCGCGCCACUCCAGCCCCUUUCCAACACUGCCCAGUUCAUGAUGAAAGUCACCUUCAAGAAACACAUCAAGAUGAGCCUGCUGGAUAUCACCAAGAUCUUCUCGAUGCUCCAGCCCAGAGAAGACGAGGAAGGGGAAGAAGAGAGGCAGGAGCUGAACCUCGCCGUCUCCCAGGACAACGACCGCCGCCUGGAUGACCUGCUCCACCAAGAGCGCUUCCGCCGGUUCAUCAACAGCCGGAGCGGGUGGGGGGUCCCGGGGACGCCCCUGCGCUUGGCUGCCUCCAAAGGCCACACAAGGUGCGUGGAGGUGCUCCUGGCCCACGGAGCCGAGGUGGACAGCUUGGACGUCAAGGCCCAGACCCCGCUCUUCGUGGCCGUCAACAACGGCCACCUGGAUUGCGUCAGGGCCCUCUUGGCGGCCGGGGCGAACCCGUCGGGGAGCGUCCACAACAACUGUACGCCAGUCCUCACUGCGGCCAGGGACGGCGACGUGGACAUCCUCCAGGAGCUCUUGGCCCACGGGGCAGAGGCCAACGUCAAGGCCAGGGUUCCCGAGUGGGCGGCCAACUCUGUGGCCUGCUCCGGCCCCUUGUACCUCUCGGCCGUCUACGGGCACCUGGAGUGCUUCAAGGCCCUGCUCCUCUACGGGGCUGACCCGAACUACAACUGCAACGACGAGAAAAUGGUCAGCCGCAUCAAAAACCCAAAGACGCUUCUGGAGAUCUGCCUGAGGCACGGCUGCGGAGCUGAGUUCGUCCAACUCCUCAUAGACUUUGGAGCCAAUGUGUAUUUGCCGGGAGUCGCGCUGGAUAAGAUCUCGGCCAACUCUGAGGUGCUGGAUUUGUUAGUCCAUGAAAGAGCUGUCCCCAAAUCCUUGAUGUCUCUAUGCAGACUCGCCAUCCGGAAGUUCCUCAAACCGCCAAACCAACCCUGUGCUGCGGAUCAACUGGAAAUCCCGCCUCCGCUGCGCAACUACCUCAAACACCAGUUGUAACGGAAGACCCAAGUUGGAACUGCUCAGAGGUGAUCAAGGACUGUAACUUGGAUAAGAAAGGAAGAAAAGAGAAAAACAGAACCACUAAGAAUUGGGAAACGAGUGCCGUGGCCUUCUUGUUUAGGUUGUGUGUUGUGUGUUGUGGGUUCCCUGGCCUCUGUGACUUUGUCUAAAGUCAGAAAUUGGACUGUUAGUAGGAAAGGGUGGGUGGGUUUUGUGAACAAUCAAGGGCUCAAAAACCUGGUCUGUUUAGGGUCUCGUCGAGAUGAGAGACUUAUUGCACAUGACACAUCAUUAUUUCACAUGGGUUCUUGAAUCUCCCAGAGAGGUCUGCCCCACUUCUGCUUCUGUGGGGCCAUCUACCUCUGCUUUUGUGGGGUUCUCCACCAAUCCCACCUCUCCUUCUGAGAAAUCACCUGCCUAUCCAACCAAGCCUUCUGUGAGGUCAUCCACCUAUUCCCAUCUCUUGCUCUGAAUGCCCCUUCUGCACUGCUAUAUAAUCCAGAUUACCACAUCAGAUAAUCCACAUUAUGUGUUUUGAACUGGAUUAUAUGAGUCUACACUGCCACUCCGUUAUGCACUGGACCUCAUAUGCACACAUGCAAAUAUCAUAAUGUACACACAAGCAGAUUUUGUAUCUCUUCACCAAAUUGUUAAUUCAAGCUCUGUUUAGUAUGAUAGUUUCAGAGGGUUCUAAUUGCUUUCCCAUUUUGCUUCCCUUGAGCCACCUGUGUGUCCAUGGCUCCGUGUUUUGACAGCUUGAUCAGCUGUUUCGGGCUUUUAAAGCAUGCACGUGUGCUGGAGCAGUCCACAUAGGUGAAAGGGAAACGUGUUUGGCAUGACUGCAUGGAUAUACAGUCAUGUGAAGGUGCCCAUUUUGGGGCGGAAUCGGGUUUUAAGCACACAUUUUUAACACGUGCUUUUCAGCUGUUAACCUGAUUCUACCUGUACUUUGUUGAAACGUCAUGUUCCCUUUUAUCCCAGUUACUUCCGAGUUUUUGACCAUAUGUAGAAGAACCCCUAGUUCAAAGUAGAUAAUCUGGAUUUUAUAUGGCAGUGUGGAAAGGGCCAGAGAGUCCCACAUCUUCUUCUAUGAGGUCCCCUCCUACCCCACCUCUGCUUCAGAGAGAACAUCCACCUCUUCUUCUACGACAUCCUCCACCAAGCCCACCUUUGCUUUUGUGAGGUCAUCUAUCUCUACUUUCUGUGAGGUCAUGGUCUCAUCCCAUCUCUGCUUCUUUGCAGACCUAUUCAACCGCUGCUUCUGUGAGGUCCUCCACGGAUCCCACCCCUACUUCUAUGAGGUCCUUUAGCCACUGGGUCUCUUUUUAAAAGAGGUAAAGAGGGAUAUAAAUGACAGUAGUAGUAGCAAUAAUAAUUAUUAUUAUUACUAUUGACACAAAGACACAGUAUGACACUGCAAACGAGAUAUAUAUUCGUAUCACAAAAUCACAAGUCGAACACUUCCCAAGUGUUUAGGACUGUGUGAUGUAUUUUCGGAUGAUGCGCGCAGAUCCCAGUAAGGUGGAAUUAUUACUAUUACAGUAGAGUCCCGCUUAUCCGAGUUCCGCUUAUCCAACACUCCAUACUAUCCGAGGCAGAUGUUCUCCCCUGCUCACUCGCUCUGUCACUCAUUCACCCUGCUGGGUCCCAGUGCUGCCAGAACUCAGCCGGGUGAGUGAGCAUAGGGAGUUAAAUCGAUCGUCCGUCACCCUCACUGUUUGAUGAGUCAGUUCUCUCUGUCUGCUCACCCGAAGGACCACUUGAUGCAGCAGCAAAAGUGGCACCAACAAAACGACAGCUCAAUUGUUGUUUUACUGUUGAUCCCAGCAGGUCUAAUUACUUUAUUUUACAAGUUAUUUACAAUUACUGAAAGCCAUAACUCUCCGGACACAUGACUCAUCUUCUCUGUUUGCCAAGGCUGUUAUCAGAACAAACUGGCACCUCCUGCAUUCCUCAGUUCAUGAUGAAAGUUCCGGUCAGACAAUUCAAACGGAAGCCCUGACCUAUUGGUCCUGCGGGCAAUCAAUCAAGCUGGCUUGUGCUUAACCCAUGCGCUGCUGGAAUGCUCUGCCGGAAACACACAGUUGCAAACACCCAACAGCAUAACUUGAUAUAGCAUUUCACUCUAACAACAGAAUACACUAACAGCCGGGCCCCGUUGCUGCCGGGAUCCGGCAUGGCAAAGGAGCUGAAGGACGGAGAGCAGGCGAGCGAAGGAGGGUGGCAAAGGUCCUCGCUCACUCUCUCACUUACUCACCCCGCCAGGUCCCGGUGCUGUCGUCGCCACUGCUGGGAUCCGGCCUGGUAAGUGAGUGAGGGAGGGAGAGUGGGCGAGUGAGCACCCACCCUAUUAUCCGUCAGUUUCACUUAUCCGUCAUUCUGCCCGCCAGUUUAUGACGAAUAAGCGAGACUCUACUGUACUAUUAUUAUUAUCAUCAUCAUCAUUCUACCUUGGUUUCAGAGAGGUCCUCCACCAUUCCCACCCGUUAUUCUAUGAAGUAUCCGUCUAUCCUGCCUUUGCUUCUGAGAAUUCUUCCACCAAUCCCAUAUCUGCUUCUGUGAGGUCAUCAGCCUAUCCCACCUCUACUUCUGUGAUGUCAUUGACCUAUUAUUAUCCCCUCCCUCCUGCUUCUCCGAGGUCAUCCACUUCCAUCACCAACUCCAUGGAACAACAUCUCUUGAGCUUCUUACAGACGACAUGAAUAACUUUUCCAUAACUUUAAGGCAUAGGUUGUGUUUACUGCAAUUUCCAGAGUGAGAGGGUGUAUUGGAACAAGUUUUACAGAACAACAUUUUUACAUAAAGAACGACAUUGGACAUACAGAUUCUAUGCACCUAAAUUGGAUUCCCUGACUACCUACAUUGGCUAAUAAACAUGUAAAUUUA